ACUGCGUAUAUCCAGUUUCUUUUGUCUAGAAAAGCCGGCAUGAAGGUCCGAUCAUGGCUAGCCACAUGCUCCACCGGAACCUGCGCCACUCUAACCCACAACUCCACCAUUCCGUUCUCCCCAGAAAUAUCGCACUCAUCGGAACAUCUCGUUUCCGACAGCUCCUCCUAUAAUCGGGGAAGCGCCACGUCAUCUUCCGCUUCUUCAAGUGAUUCCAGCUGCAGUAGCCUCCCUAGCAACCUCUCCCUCCAGACUCUGCCAUCUGUCCCUUCCUUACAGAAGCUCUUCCCUGAGAGCUUAGUCUUCUGCGUCUCCGACAUCAGCGUUUCUUCAAUCAAGCCCCGACCCAAGCAUCCGAUCACCUGCGUUGCGGUUCAGGGUAACUUAUUGUAUGUAGCCUCUGUUAACGAAAUCAGUGUCUACAAUCGUGAAACCUCCACUCUUCUUGAUGUAUACAAUGGCCGGGAUUCAUCUUCCGGUUCCGUUAAGUCCGUCGCUUUCUGUAACGGAAAAAUCUUCACUGCUCACCAGGACUGUAAGAUCCGAGUAUGGCAAAUGACCGUAACUAAAAAGCACAAGUUCUUAACCGCUCUACCUACCGUUAAUGACCGUUUACGUCGUUGCGUUCUCCCGAAGAACUACGUCAGUGUACGCCGUCACGUGAAACGUUUGUGGAUCGAGCAUGCCGACGCCGUUACCGGACUCGCCUCUAAUAAAGGCCUAAUCUACUCGGUUUCUUGGGAUAAAACCUUGAAAAUAUGGCGAGCAUCGGAUAAACGUUGUUUGCAGUCUAUCAAAGCACACAACGACGCAAUUAACGCCAUCACCGCUUCCAUCGACGGAACGGUUUAUACAGGUUCCGCCGACAAACGGAUCCGGGUGUGGGGAAAACCGUCAGGCGAGAAGCGGUACGCAUUGGUGGCAACUCUAGAGAAACAUAAGUCAGCUGUUAACGCACUGGCUUUAGACGACGAGAGAUCGGUGCUUUUCUCCGGGGCGUGUGACCGUUCAAUUCUGGUUUGGGAGAGGGAGGAUAGCGCCACUUACAUGGUGGUUACGGGUGCGUUGAGAGGGCAUGGAAAGGCGAUCCUAUGCUUAGUCAACGUCUGUGAUUUACUUAUGAGUGGGUCAGCUGAUCGGACGGUCAGGAUUUGGCAACGUGGAUUGGAAGGGAAAUAUUGUUGUUUGGCGGUUUUGGAUGGCCAUCAGAAGCCGGUGAAGUCGAUGACGGUGGUUAAAGACGAUGAACAGAGUGAUGUAAUUUCGGUUAUCAGCGGAAGCCUUGACGGUGAAAUUAUAACGUGGAGGGUCUCGUUCUCGAAACCCGGCAGCCCAUCAUCGGCGACGGACAUCCAAAAAUGGAAUUUGUGAGAAAUAAUAAAAAGGAAUUAAAUCAUCAUUUCAUCGUAAAAUUAGCGGGCCUCAUUCUUUUGGGGGUUACAGUCCUCCAUUAUUUGUUUCUUUUCCGGAGUAUAUUAUUGUUUUAUUAUAUGUAAGUUUACUAUUUCUGCAUUAAAUGGUUAAAACCAUAUAUUUAAUACAAAUUAAAAAUAUAUUCAAUAUAUUUAUAUUUUAGCUUUUGGCC